CUCCGGGGCCCCGCCCGCCCGGCGCAAACAAAGGCCGCCCGCCUUCUCCCGGCCGCACGGUCCGCGCCCGCCGCCCGCUGCUGGACGAGCCUCCUGUCCGGCCUUAGCUGAAGCUCCACGGACCCCGCACGGAACCCCAGCGCGCCUCAGCCGGCCCGGAAAACACAGCGCAGGGCGGGGACUGCCGAGGAGGCGCGGAGUGGGGCGGCUGUGGGAGGGGACACCGGUGUCCUCACCCCAACACCGCCCGGCCUACACCGGCUCCUAGAGGGGAAACUGAGGCUGGGGACGGCUCGGGACUUGGCCGAGGUCGUGCAAGGCUGGCUGGUGCGACUGGGACUCGGCCGACACCACGGUCCGGGUUCGCUGGGUAGUGACGUUUGCCUGGUACUGCGUCGACGUGUUUUGUUUUAAUCUCGCUGCCAGUAUUUGAAAAUCAGGACAUUUCCCAUAAAAACUCAAGCUUUGGUUUGUUUGGAAGAGGAAGAAGAUCGGGCAACAGCCCGACUGCCCACUUUCCUGGGAGACGCAGCCCCCCCAGCGCUCUCCCGACACCGAGGGCCCGGGGACACCUGUCACGGGGGCAGCGCUGUCUCCGCACACUUGUCACUUUUAAGGGGGAAGUGACGAGGCGCGGGCCCCGAGCGCUGGAGAGAUGCGGGGAGGCCUUCUUGCUGGCACGAGGAACAUUGCCCCGUGAGGAAUCCUCCUCCCGGGCCGUGAGAGGACGCGAGGAAACGUGUCGUGCGCGGAGGAGGAGCUGCGGUUACGUAGCUGAGGAGCCCCCCAGUACCUAGAAAAGUCAGGGUGGGCUUCCUGGGAGAGGUGACAACUGGGGGAUUAGAAGGAGGAAAGGCACCAGGAGCCAAGAAAGACCCAUUUGGAGAUGGCCUUUUAUGGGUACAGCCCCUCAAACGCCCCCCCCAUGCCCCGUGCCGCCGCUGUCCCUGGUCCUGACAGGGCUGGUUCCCAGGCCUGACCGAGGCGGGAGGCCGCUGCUGGUCCGCGGAAGGUUACCAGGGCACGAACCGCACCGCCAAGGCCGCAGCGGCCUCCGAGAGCCGGAAGCCGGGCGAGCCCAGGAUCCAGAGCGCGUCCAUCUGCCCACCCCACAGGGAGGCCUAUCUGACCAAGUGUCCAGUUUCUCUGCAGUGAUGAAAGAAAUCUCUGCCCUGGCUUCUUCGAUUUGGAGGGUUCGCCUUCAUUUCAGAGGGAGCAGGCUGGUGGGGAGUCUCGCGCAGGGCCCGGAGCAGGGGGUGGGAGAGGAGGGGUGCGUGCACCGGAGGUGCAGGCUCGGGUGCUGGCAGGGUUGGGUGCGGGGAGCAGAGGCUGGUGAGAGGCGGUGGCGUCCCGGAUGGGGCGGUGCCCGGCCGAGCACAGAUUGCGGGCGGGUACUUGGGGAAGUGCGGACCCCAGGAGGUAGAGGCGGGCGGGGCGGCGAGCUGGACGCCGGCCGUCCCUCCCCCAGCGCGGGCGCAGCGGCCCCGGACGAGCCCAGGAGGGGACCGGAGGGCUGGUUUCCGCCCGGCCGCCGCCAGGCAGGGGCAGGAAGCCGCGCGUCUGUCCCCGCGCACCACCCACCACCAGCCCCCCGGCCCCGCCCCGCGCCGCCGCCCGCCGCCGCCUCCUCCCGCCGCCCUCCGUCCUCUCGGCUCCGGCUCCCGCGCGGGGCGGGGGCGGGGGCGCGGGGCGGGGCGCGGGCCGAGCGGCGGCCGCUUCGGACAUGUCGGGCCCGCGCGCAGGCUUCUACCGGCUGGAGCUCAACAAGACCGUGUGGGAGGUGCCGCAGCGGCUGCAGGGGUUGCGCCCCGUGGGCUCCGGCGCCUACGGCUCGGUCUGCUCGGCCUACGACGCGCGGCUGCGGCAGAAGGUGGCGGUGAAGAAGCUGUCGCGACCCUUCCAGUCGCUGAUCCACGCGCGGAGAACGUACCGCGAGCUGCGGCUGCUCAAGCACCUGAAGCACGAGAACGUCAUCGGGCUGCUGGACGUGUUCACGCCGGCCACCUCCAUUGAGGACUUCAGCGAAGUGUACCUGGUGACCACCCUGAUGGGCGCCGACCUGAACAACAUCGUCAAGUGCCAGGCGCUGAGCGACGAGCACGUCCAGUUCCUGGUUUAUCAGCUGCUGCGCGGGCUGAAGUACAUCCACUCGGCGGGGAUCAUCCACCGGGACCUGAAGCCCAGCAACGUGGCGGUCAACGAGGACUGUGAGCUGCGGAUCCUGGACUUCGGGCUAGCCCGCCAGGCUGAUGAAGAGAUGACCGGCUACGUGGCCACUCGCUGGUACCGGGCCCCCGAGAUCAUGCUGAACUGGAUGCACUACAACCAGACAGUGGACAUCUGGUCUGUGGGCUGCAUCAUGGCUGAGCUGCUCCAGGGAAAGGCCCUCUUCCCAGGAAGUGACUACAUCGACCAGCUGAAGCGAAUCAUGGAAGUGGUGGGCACACCCAGCCCUGAGGUUCUAGCAAAGAUUUCCUCAGAACACGCCCGGACCUACAUCCAGUCCCUGCCCCCCAUGCCCCAGAAGGACCUCAGGAGCAUCUUCCAUGGGGCCAACCCCCUGGCUGUGGACCUCCUGGGAAGGAUGCUGGUGCUGGACAGCGACCAGAGAGUCAGUGCGGCGGAGGCCCUGGCCCAUGCCUACUUCAGCCAGUACCAUGACCCCGAUGAUGAACCUGAGGCCGAGCCCUACGACGAGAGCGUUGAGGCCAAGGAGCGCACCGUGGAGGAGUGGAAGGAGCUCACCUACCAGGAAGUUCUCAGCUUCAAGCCCGCAGAGCCACCGCAGUCUCCCGGCAGCCUGGAGAUUGAGCAGUGAGGACACGUGCCUGCUGGCCCCUGGGACUGGCGGACGGGCAGGAGCCUGCCGGCUGGAUUCCCACGAGGGCUGCCUCCCAGCACCACUGUGGCCAGCACCCUGAGCCUAGCUGGGGCUCCCUCGCCUGCACGCUGCCCCUCGUGGGCAGUCUGUAUACGCAUGUGAACGCACAGGAGUGUGCAUGGGUGCAAGCCGCGAGUGCAGGAGUCCAGACAGAGCACCCUGGACUUCCUCAGUCCUCUGCCUCCUCCCAACAACCUGGGUCUCCCGUAGGACCUCAUCUGGUUCCCCUGGGGAGUAUGUCUGUCUCCAGACCUCCUCGGUCCCAGAGGGCUGUCUCUGGAGGGCAUGGUGCCCUGGGGCCAGGCCCUCUGGAGACUGAAGGGAGGGUCUUGAUUGUCAGAGCCUCUCAACCUGGAAGGGGCGGCUGUCCUGGGAAGUGCUGAGACCCUGAAGAGCUGAAAGCUGAGACCGUCUCCAUGUAUCCGAUGAGAAGACCAUCCUGGAGCCCCGUGUUCCCCUGGGCCAUAAGUGGCACAUGCAUACUAACGCAUACUAAUGCGUGCUCCCGGUACUGACAUGUCAAGGCGCGUGUGAAUCGGGGGAGGCCUGAGAGCCAGCCGCCAUGAGCAGCUGGAAGCCUGAAGUGAGGUGCCUCUGCUGUUACUUCCCUUCCCUCGGUUCCUGGUUGGGGGUGGACUGGGGCGCUGGCGCUGAGAUCCUGGGUGCGCCAUGCCAGGGGCUCUGGUGGACAAGGGACAACCAGGGAACAAAAGCCAGGGCUUUCUCCUGGAGUGCGGGGGCUGCAGCAGACGUGAAGAGGUGGUUGGUACAGGGGGCUCCAAGCUUGAUGCUGGCGGUGUGUGGGGGCCACACCCCAGUGUGCCCUUGGACUCAGACCCUGACCUUGGCCAGGAGCUGAUGAAGAAGCCUCUGCCUGCUCUCGCUCUACCUCUGCCCUCCUCCGGCCCUGCAGCUGAGCCCUGGACUGUUCUGCCCUGUGGGUCCGCUUGCCUCCCUUCUUCCAGAAUGGAGCUGGUCCAGUAACCUGUGGACCUGACCCUGUUCAAGAUGUUGGGGGUGUGGGUCCCCCAGCAAGGGGCUUCUCUUUGAGGAGGUGGUGUCCCAUGUGUCAGGUGGUGACCCCCCCCCCCCCCACCUUGCAGAGGUCUCAAUGUCAAGUGCCUGCACCGGGGUUUCACAAUAAAGGGGGUUCUCUCCCACUCA